UCUAACCACUAGGCUACCCUGCCGCCCCUCCACUCUAACCACUAGGCUACCCUGCCGCCCCUCCACUCUAACCACUAGGCUACCCUGCCGCCCCUCCACUCUAACCACUAGGCUACCCUGCCGCACCAAAUGUGCUUCAGCCUGGAUUCAAACAAGGGACUGUAGUCACGCCUUUUGCACUGAGAUCCAGUGCCUUAAACAGCAAAACAUGCUGCCAGUGAUAUUCUUAAAGAAGCUGUUGAGAAGAAGACCAUUCAUCUGAUCAAAUGGCACCCUAUUCCCUACAAAGUGGUACACUACUACCCUAUGGGCCUUGGUCAAAAGUUAUUCUGCUGUCCCCAUGGGAUAACCCUUUUUGGUUCCAGGUAGAAGCCUUUUUGGUUCCAGGUAGAACCCUGUACCUGGAACCAAAAAGGGUUCUACAAAGGGUUAUCCUAUGGGGACAGCCAAAGAACCCGUUUAGAAUCUAGAUAGCACCUUGUUUUCCUCAGAGUGUAGGCUAGAUAAGGAACAGGGUACAAUUUGAUUAUGGGAUAUCUAGAUAGCACCUUGUUUUCCUCAGAGUGUAGGCUAGAUAAGGAACAGGGUACAAUUUGAUUAUGGGAUAUCUAGAUAGCACCUUGUUUUCCUCAGAGUGUAGGCUAGAUAAGGAACAGGGUACAAUUUGAUUAUGGGAUGUAGACGUAUUGGAGGAUACACUCCAUCUCCUGGAGAAAAAUAUUGCAAGAAUAAGAUUUGAAUCAUUAUAAUAUGCAUGUAGCCUAUUCUAAAAAAAAAAGUUAGGACUUUAAUAGAAUGAAUGACUGACACGGAUUCAUUUCAUUGUCUAUUUCAGUUUUUCUCUAGGGAGUGUUUGAAUGGUCCACUUAGCUCAACACUCAAGGCGGCCUGUGAAGGAAACUCCAUAUAUGGUCCUAACGGUCUCCUCUCUGAUUGGUUCUCUGGCUGCAGCGACAGGUCUGUUGCUUGAGCAGUAAUUUGUCAAGUUUAGGCAAUAUGUAAUAAUUAUAAUCACAGCUUUAAUCUCACAAAUAAUUACAGAGAGACGUCUCUGUAGCAGGUGUGUAUAGUUGGCAAACCCUCAAGAAAUCUAUUUUCAAUGUCCUUUCUAUUUAAACAUGGACCGAUGUCUAUCUGUAACACACGUAUGGUUAUGCUAUGAGUGGAUGCAGAAACCCCGCCUGCUAUUCAGAUAUCGACAACAAUACAAGUGUUAUUAAAAUGCUUAAAACAAAUAGCAGGUGUAUUAAAUAUUAGAAGACUAGAUUCUGUGUGGAUAGUGUCCUACACAAGAUCGCUGUGUUUUGGAGGACAUUUUAAGGUCGGAGGUGUAUAUGAAAUGAUACGAUUGGCAGACGAUUUCAUUCGACAUGUUUUCCAUAGGAACAGCCUAGAGAUAUAGGCUAUAUAUAGCGUGGUACAUAUGUGUUCAGUGUAUGAUCUGAAACGUGGCCAUCUUUUUUACAAAAGGAACGUAGGCUUUAACGUGCCUAAUGCAAAUGCUGCAUACUGUAGGUUGCUAUUUGAUGUGACGUAGAUCAUUAAUACGUUGGUGGUGGUUACAAUGUAGGUAUCUAUUUCUUGAAGAGGGGUGCUUAAUAUGUAAACAUUUGGUCAUAUUUUAAUAGUGGGCCUAAUUAAUUUGGAUAACAGUUAGACUGCUCUCAACUCUCAGUUAAAAUGUAUAGUUAAUAUUGCUGCUCCAUUGAUAAAACAAGCCUGUUGAUUCUACCCAACAACACCCUUCUCUCUUUGUGGAAUGGUACGUUCUCUCCACACAGAUUUCAUUCAUAAAAUUCCAGCUCACUAUAAAAGGAGGCGCGCUCCACUAUCUGCACCAACUACCAUUCCCGUAAAAGAACCCAGAAAAAGUGAUGCACAGAGGUGAUUGAACAGCAGCGCGGUCGAUAAUAGCCUAUAAUAUAGGAGGAAUAGUGAUUUGUUUUUAUGCUUUAUUGAUACACAUCAUCAUGUAUCCAGACUCGAGCCCAAACUACAAUGUCUCGAGCUCGUCCGGCAGCAGCAGCAGCAGCAGUUUAGCAUCGCCUACCGGAGACAUACCCGCGUGCAGUCAGCGGUCUCCAAGCUCACUCACGAGCGCAUCAUCAGUAGACAGCAGCACGUCUCAGAAUGUCUGCGGUGAAACAGACUGUCCACGGCAGUCUGCCUUUGUUCCUACAGUGACUGCGAUCUCAGCCUUCUCGGAUCUGCAGUGGAUGGUCCAACCGACCACCGUCAUCUCAGCAUCUGCCUCCCCCUCCUCCCCUCCCAGCAGCGCAAAGCCUACAAGAGCUCAUGGCGCAACCCAGUCAUCUUCAAGAGCGGGAGGGAACACGGAACAAUCCACCAGCGCGAGAGGGAAAAAACAGGCGACAUCAGAAGAGGAUGAGAGGAGGAAGAUCAGGAGAGAGAGGAAUAAAGUCGCAGCGGCCAAGUGUCGCAACAGACGGAGGGAGCUCACAGACACCCUGCAAGCCGAAACUGAUCAGCUUGAAGAGGACAAAGAGGCCUUGCAGACAGAGAUAGCCCACCUCCUGAAAGAGAAAGAGAGACUGGAACAGAUCCUAUCCACCCACCAACCAGCCUGCAAACUAGCCGCCGCUGAAGACAAUAACGUGGAGGAAGACAUUGACGAAGACAUCGACCGCAUGCUCCAGGACCCUCCGGAUUCCCCCCAGCUGCUCUCCAUCUUGGAGAAUGAAGACAAACUCCAACUCCCAGAGGGAAAUGCAACACUAGUGACUGUGUCCGACACUCCUUCGCUUCAGGACAUGGAAACUGUUGUGGUUCCCUCGAACAUCUCCAUCUCUGCGUCGGCCAUCUUGGGUAACUCCAACAUCCUGCUGUGCUCCAGCGCUGAGGAAGAACCCAUGGACGACCUAAACUUCGACCAGGAUGACUUAGACAACCUGGUCCCUAGCCUGGAACUCAACAUGGCUGUGGCCCCUGAGACCGCCCCGUCCGUUCCCGACAUCGACCUCCUCGGAGGCCCCUUCUGCCUCUCAGACUGGGAGACCCUGUACAAGUCGGUGGCCAACAAUCUGGAGCCCCUCUGCACCCCUACAAUGAUGACUUCCAGUGACAGUCCUACCUGUAGCAGUUACCGCUCUGUGUUUAGUUUGAAUUACACCGAGAUAGAAUCUUUGGCGGGGACAGGAGUUGCAACUCCAGCUCUGAGACCCUCAAAUGAGGUGUUGGUGGUAGAUCUGAUUUGAUGAACGGUAAUCCACACUGUUGACCUUGUGACACUGUUAUGGGAUUGCUGGGACAUAUACAUAUAGGGCUAGUUUCCCCCACUCACAGAUUAACCCUUAGUCUUGGAUUUAAAAAAGCAGUGAUCAAUGAUGAUUCUCCUUUGAAAGUGCCUCUUUAGUCCAGGACUAGGCUUAAUCUGCGUCUGAGAAACACAGCCCUUGAGGUUGAUAUUGAACCAAUAAGCUAUGGUCUAUUCAUCCCCAAUGUUUUGUUGUGCUUGUUAUGAUGUUUUGUUAACAUUUAACCUUUAGCACCAAAUUAAAUGGUUACUGUGACUAUAACAGUAUCAACAUCUUCCAUAUAUAUAUAUAUAUGG